UGAGUUCCCAAGUUUCUGUACCACCGGCUCAUUUAGCGGAGUCCCCAUGGCCAUAUUCCUAAAGGCUACAGUGUUUUCCAUUCCGAAGACGCUGAUCUGCGAUGUGGCGAUUAGUAGAAACUCCUCCAUAUUUGCGAUCGUGGCUCACAAGAACGUACGUCCAGUUCCUAAUCUCAGACACUGGCACCUCUGAGUCCUCCAUGUUGCGAGAUGAGUUCAUAUUGGAAUCUGGCAGGUUGACUUUCGAUUCGCGGUCGUUGUACAGAUUACAAAUCACGAGCCCUGAAGACAUGAGCCCUUGUUUUGUUUUCAGACAGCUAGCAAACCACAGCGGUUUGACAUCAAUCAUUGCUUGGUGCAAGUAUGAUAAAUUCUGCUUGUGGUCGAUUUACCUCACUUGUCCUUGGCUGUGACUUACCACCGGGAUAUCUAAUACAGAUAGGAUCGUCCUCCUUCUUGAUAUUUCGCCAAGUGUCGGUCUUCGUGGUCUUCUCAUACUGGGACGCGA